AUGUCUUCGCAUGGACCAACAAUUCAAGAACUACCUUUGGAUGUGGCGGCCAAGAUCAAAUCUUCAACUUCGAUCACCCAUCUACAUGGAGUGGUGGUAGAUUUGGUCAAGAACUCGCUGGAUGCGGGCGCACAGACAAUCCUCGUUUCUGUGGAUUUCAAACGUGGAAGCUGCAUAGUGGAAGAUGAUGGUGAGGGGAUACGACCGGCCGAAUUUGAGCCUACCGGCGGGCUUGGAAAAGCACACCAUACGUCCAAAUACCGAACUCCAGGAGCCUAUGGACAUCGAGGUUUAUUCCUAGCUUCUUUGGCCUCAUUGUCGCUGCUCACUGUGACGUCUCGUCGUGUUCAACAUGGGAGCACAAACUCCGUCAUCUUUCACCACGCCAGGCCUGUAGCACGAUUGACCCCUGCUCCGGCCCAUCAGGGUCCCCGGCUUGGCGAGCAUGGGACUUGUGUUGCUGUGAAUGACCUUUUUGGAAACAUGCCAGUGCGUGUCAAGAGCCGGGCCUUGGCUCUCGAGAAGCCCGAAGAGCUAGAAAGGGAGUGGGACUAUCUCAAAUAUAUGCUGGUCUCUCUCGUGCUUGCAAAUGCCCAACUCUCGAAGCUUGUGGCUUCCGACGUGGCAAGGGAGAAGCGAAUCACAAUUCGUCCUGAUGACCCUCCACGAGGUGCUUCUUUGAACCAUUUUGCACUUGAAAUGGAUCUCGGACGCAUAGGGUCUAUUCUCUCGCAAUCCGGAAUGCUAGAUUCGCGGAAUAUGGAAUCAUGGCGUGUCAUAUCUGCCUCUAUUCCACGUCUGACGAUACACGCUGCAAUCUCGACAGUACCAAGUCCUUCGAAGAAGAUCCAAUUCAUCUCCUUGGGCAAGGACCCAAUGCUGUCACGGAAUUCUUCCAACGUCUUGUUCAAUGAAGUCAAUCGGCUGAUGUCCAUGUCUGACUUUGGAAACACUAGAAGUGCAUCUGACAUUGCAACUUCAAUACGUUCAGCUCCAGUGACUGGGAGAUCUGAGUCCUUCAAUAGCAUGACCAGCAGAAAUUCGGCAAGGCCGGUCAACAAGUGGCCGAUGUUCUAUAUACGCAUUGAGACUGAAAGUCUUCAGCAUUUGGAAGAUACUGAUGAACCGUCUCCUGCAGCGGAGAAGUCACUACAAUGGAUCUUGGAUGUCCUCGAGGCAAUGAUUUUAGAGUUCUUGAAACAGCAGAAUAUGCGACCUCGAGCGAGACGACAAGGAAGGCUUCCCGACCGGUCUCACGGAACGAUCAACACUACACGCACGAGUUCUGCGCGAUCUGACAGUCUCGCCCAAAGCAGGCGGAACUCGAGCAUGAAGGAGGGUUUCGACCGUGGAUUGAAACUACCCUCGUUGCAAAGAUCAAAGUCCGCCAAUACAGGGCCGCAGUUCAGCAAUUGGUCCCGUGUUAAAGCCGCAAAGAAACGCGAAGAUUCAACUUUGGGGACUGGCGUCGUUGGCACCGACCUUGUUUGUGAAUACGACCGUCCUUCUCAGGAGGCACGGCUAACGUCUUUGCUCGAGCGGCGACGGAAUCAGUUGAACCGGAGCCAAUAUUUCUCUCCUUCUGAUCAGCCAACAAUACCACACGAUAAUGCAAUACCAGCCUUCCGCAGCAUUGGAGGCGCUCAGCAAAAUGAGCCCGAGCACGAGUCAUCGGAGACGCCUGUUGACAAGUUGAUCUCUUGGGAUGACCCGCAUACUGGGAAAACACACCAAAUCAACUCACAAACGGGACAGACUGUCAACCUCCAAGCAAUCAGUGCUGGGUCCAGGUCCAACAGCUUCCUUGGUACUUUGCAAAGCCUAGGCCGAUCACGCAGACCAGAUCCUGCCUCUUCGUCCAGCGUCUGGGUGAAUAAUCUGCUUGAUGCAUGGGACAACCCUACAUUUGCCAGAACAGAGGCGCCAGUUCCAAAUCUUGAUACCGAGGUAGACCACCUACAAAACCAAGCUCGUUCGCAUCAUUGCCACGAGGACAUUGAAACAUUGUUUGGAACGCAAGUCACCAAGUUCAGAGGAAAGUUACAACGUCAAAGUCUGGCUACGGCCACCAUUAUCGCACAAGUCGACCAGAAAUUCAUCCUCGCCAAGUUUGACACGACACAACCCCAUGCCACGGUUGAUCCUGACUCGAAUGGUGUUCUAGUCUUGAUCGAUCAACAUGCCGCCGACGAGCGAUGCCGAGUUGAAAAGUUGUUUGAAGAUAUGUUCAUUUCUCCGAGAUCUUUAGAUCGGAACGAUCAGAUACAGACAGUUGAGAUUGAUCCAAUCUCGUUCGACAUAUCUGCUACGGAAGCCCUCCUCUUCAGAAAGUACCUGGAUUUCUUUCGGAAUUGGGGUAUUGCCUACAGCAUCAAUGCCAAAGCAGGCUCUGAAGCAACCGUUCAGGUCUAUGCACUACCAACUCUCAUCGCCGAGCGCUGUCGACUGGAGCCCAACCUCAUUGUGGAUCUCCUUCGCCGUGAAAUAUGGAACUCUGAGGAGGAGAACGGAAAGCCGCCGGGAUCAAAAAGAUCGACGAGGAAAUUUUCAAUGGGCUACGGCGAUGAUGGCGAAGACUUCUUCACGGACAAAACAGGAGAGGUCGCCGCGCAUCCAUGGGUACAGAAGAUGAGUGGUUGUCCGCAAAGCAUUCUGGAUGUACUUAAUUCUCGGGCAUGUCGUGGUGCUAUCAUGUUCAAUGACCCGUUGGAUAUACAGGAGUGCAAAGCACUAGUCACACGGCUCUCGCGGUGUGCGUUCCCAUUUCAAUGUGCUCAUGGCCGACCGUCCAUGAUUCCAAUUCUCGACUUGCGGCCACAACCUGGUACUGAUCCUCUGAAUUCACAUUCUGGCACCAUGGGUUCGGAGUUCGAUGAACAUCAAGCUGAGCUAGAUUUCUUAGAAGCUUUUAGGGCACAAUAUGUACAUUAG